AGAGAGAUAAGAUACUGAGCACUACUUCUUGUUCUAAUUCUAGCACUACUGCAAUCAGCUAGGAUUUUCGUCCGAACAACAUUUUGACCAAAAAAACUCUUGAGGCAAAUGGGAUCCUCGUCGUCGCCUCUCAGUGCUCUUCUAGAGGGCUUUUGGAGCAGUCAACAGCACGAUCCAUCGGAAGCUCUUCCUCCUGCCGGUACCUCUUUCACGAGCAAGUGCACCAGUGCAACGACCUUUGUCGAGGCGGAUUCUUCAUCGUUCUUCCCUUCCGCUUCGUCGAGCGUGUCCCGGCGCCGAGGAGGAGGAGAUGAUAGACGGCAUGUAGCAUACUCCGGCUCAACAAGCUCAACAUCGUCAUUUUUAACAACAGGCAGUGGCGGAGUUGGACGAGCUACAACGACAGCUACAUCCUUCUCGAAACACACGACUGAUGGUGCCUUGGCGGAUGAUUCGGAGGUUAGGAUGGAGGAAACCAAAGCCAAACGCGAGAGGGAUCCGCCUUGGUAUAGAGAGGGAUCACAUCCAUAUUAAGGCACAGAAACAUGAAGGGUACGAAGCCGGGCGCAGUUCUUUUACAUGCCCGUACAUAAGUGCUUGUUCUUCCUCCGAGAUGAGUCCUUCUACUGUUGUACUUCUUUUUAGAAGCAGUGAGCAUUCUUUUAUACUACUUCUUUUUAGAAGUUGUGUUGAGCAUUCUUUCAAUGAAUGAUCCUUCUCUUUUUAGAAGUGAGCAUCAGCAUUCCCAUUUUUCAUCCUUCUAAUCUUCCUUCAUUCGCGAGAAUUACAACCACAAUGUGCCCUCACCGCAUGUUGGCGACAGUAUUCCCAAUCCAAAUCUGGCGGAUAAGGAUCUGCUAGGUGGAGGUGGCUCUGAGGAAUCAACAUCCUCAUCUGCGAAUCGAAGCCUGAAAAUACGCCAAAACGUUCAAGAAAAAGUGGUCAUUCCUCGACGCGGAGGGUUGAUGAAUCCACCGAAUGAGCCUUCGACGGUAAAGGAAGGCACGAGCGCACAGCACCUGCCGCCAUCAAAGGACGGGAAACUGUCCGGGCCAUUGAUUCCUGGGAAGGAUGCGCCCGGUAUGGUUUUUCGAUGAUUCAACUUUGCUACUUAGCUUUGCUUGUGGGCCUUGUAUACUUCUAAGCUACAUCACUUCCAUCAAAUCUAUGCAUCACAUUUUCAAAAAGACAGAUGACCGCGGCAGUUCCGAGUCUGCAUCAAUGAAGGAUGCUCUCGACAAAAACCCUGCUCUGAGAGAGGGCAUCGGCGAGGACAUCUUUGAGCUUAACGAGGAAGCCCCUGGGUUUCUAGAUACCACCGGUUUAGACGGGCAACCGCUUCCUGAGGAUAUCGUACGCAUGAACAGAGAAGCUAUGACGAAGAAAGAGCCACUAAUCGUCGUCAAAUACGACGAUCACCCGGAAAACCUCUCGGUUAUGGGCGGCUACUGUCCCGAAACUAGCGGAACGUGCCAGAAGAAUGGUGCGGUUGGGUACACGCGAGCGCAGGAAGUGGAUCGGGUGAAUUUUGGAGCUGACGUAAAUGCACGAUCAGGAGGAGGUGAGUUUGGGGAGCUCUUUAAGGGUGCUAAUGUCAACGCACCGAAAGGAGCACCUGGAGGUGCUGGAGUUGGUCCAAGAAUUAUGAAGACAACUGAAUAUGUACCUGCAUCAUUAAUGAACAAGAGUAAGACAGCAAAACAGUUUGGGCUUCAAAGUGAACCACUGGCAGAAUAGGAUUCGCAGAAAAGCAUGUCCAAAUGUACUUACAAGAUCUGACACUUCCAAACGCAACAUCUCUUCAUAUUCCUGUCUAGAAUUGCAUAGAAACAGAUACAGAUGAAGAUUCACGAGCAGAUAGACGUGGCUGAUGAUAAAGAACGUAAAAGAUGGAUAAGGAGUGUUGGACUUUUGCAGACAUAGAUACACCAGUACUCAUCAAUUUAUCGAUGAUCAUCUUCCUACUCGUAGCAAG